UGCUCAUCUGCGUUACAAGGCCCGUACAAUGAUCGGGGCGACCGGAAGUCGACACCCGAGGCGGCGGGCGUCGCUGGCCGUCUCGGCACUGUCAGGCGGUUUGCACAGUCCUGGGAUGCACUUCCGGGCGCUUGACGAGAACGCGCCGCGGCUAUCCAUCAGCCGCCGUCGGGCGGUCGACACAUCCGAUUUCAAAUCUUGCGCCAUCCUGCAAACCCGCCUUAAGGAUGUGAAAAACUAUCCCGAAAUGGCGUCAUUCUCUUCUGGUUAUCCCCGGGACGGCCUAGACAUGUCCGGACAACAAGACGGUACCUUCGGGCAGGCGGUCAACCGCUUCGCCCAUCUGAAUCUUCCGGGGUUUGGACCCGGGAAUACCCGGUCCCUUUUUAUCUUCAGUGAAGAGAACUUUAUACGGAAGUACGCAAAAAUCAUCAUAGAAUGGGGGCCGUUCGAGUAUAUGGUGCUACUUACAAUCAUCGCAAACUGCGUGGUCCUGGGCAUGGAGGUCCAUCUACCAGAGGGGGACAGAACGCCGACCGUAGAAAGUCUGGAGAAGACAGAAAUCUACUUUUUAGGAAUUUUUUGUAUAGAAGCAUUGCUUAAAAUCGUAGCAUUAGGGUUCAUUUUACAUAAGGGCUCAUAUCUACGAAACGUGUGGAACAUCAUGGAUUUCGUAGUCGUAGUUACAGGGUUCAUCACUAUUUCCGCUUCCGCUUCAUCCGGGUCUCUGGACCUCCGCACUCUGCGAGCUGUGAGGGUCCUUAGGCCACUUAAGCUGGUUUCCGGUAUUCCGAGCCUGCAAGUGGUGCUCAAGUCCAUUCUACGGGCUAUGGUGCCUCUGCUGCAAGUGUGUCUACUCGUGUUCUUCGCCAUCAUCAUGUUCGCAAUCAUAGGUCUGGAGAUGUACAACGGCGUGUUCCAUAACGCCUGCUUCCGCAUCAAUACACGACCCAGCGUCAGUGAAGACGAUAUAAUACUAGGGGAUGAAACCACCAUACGGCCGUGUGGCCCAAAAGAGCCGGCUGGUAGUUUUAAAUGCCAGAAAAAUAUAUCCGAGUGCCGACCGUACUGGCGCGGGCCCAACUCCGGGAUUACUAGCUUUGAUAACAUAGGAUAUGCAAUGUUGACAGUGUUUCAAAUCUUUACUAUGGAGGGAUGGACCGAUAUAUUAUAUUACACUAACGAUGCCAAUGGCAUGUAUUACAACUGGGUGUACUUCUAUCCGCUCAUCGUAUUAGGUUCAUUCUUCAUGCUCAACCUUGUUCUCGGUGUUCUUAGUGGUGAAUUUGCCAAAGAGAGAGAACGUGUAGAGAAGCGUCGUGCGUUUUUAAAACUAAAACACAAAAACCAGCUCGAUAAGGAGGUGAAUGGAUAUUUAGAAUGGAUCUGCAAAGCAGAGGAAGUGAUUCUAAAUGAGGAGAGGACGACGGAUGAGGAGAAAAUACGAAUAAUAGAAGCGCGGCGCGCGGCCGCAAGAAAGAUGAAACAGAUACAAGAUGGUAAAUACAACGACGACGACAUGGAUAACGAUGAUGAUCUACUUACGGAUUUAAAUUUAGGAAAUGCUUUAGGUAGGAAUUUUCAAAGAAACAGCUCAACCGGACGCUAUGCUGCAUUUUGGAGCAUGGAAAAACGCUGCCGGUACGUAUCAAUACGAAAGGCAAUCAAAAGUCAAGCAUUUUACUGGAUUGUGAUAGUUUUGGUGUUCUUGAACACAAUCUCAGUGGCCUCUGAGCAUUACGGUCAACCCGACUGGCACACCAAGUUUCUGUACGUGACAGAGUUUUUGUUCCUGGGGCUCUUCAUGUGCGAGAUGUUCAUCAAAAUGUACGGCCUUGGGAUCUUCACGUAUUUCCAGUCGUCUUUCAAUAUCUUCGACUGUGUUGUGAUAGUCGGAAGUGUGUUUGAAGUAGUUUGGUCAGAAUUCAAAGAGGGCGCCUCCUUCGGGUUCAGCACCCUGCGAGCUCUACGGUUGCUAAGGAUUUUCAAAGUAACAAGGUACUGGUCCCACCUGAGAAACUUGGUGGUGUCACUGCUGGACAGUAUGAAAUCCAUCGUCAGUCUCUUGUUCCUCCUCUUCCUUUUCAUCCUGAUCUUCGCCUUGCUGGGAAUGCAGCUAUUCGGUGGAGAGAUGAAUUUUGAUGAAGGUCGACCGUCGAGCCACUUUGAUUCGUUCAUCAGGGCUCUCCUCACAGUGUUUCAAAUUCUAACCGGUGAAGACUGGAAUGAAGUGAUGUACAACGGUAUUAGGUCCGGCGACGACAACGGCUAUGGCAUGGUGUAUUGCUCCUACUUCAUCAUCCUCGUCGUCUUUGGAAAUUACACUCUUCUGAAUGUGUUCCUUGCCAUCGCCGUAGACAACCUUACUAACGCCCAAGAACUGACAGCGGACGAUGAAGAAAAUGAAGCCGCCAGAGAAGAGAAACGAGAAGAAAUUGGACGAGCGAUGGAAAAUCAUUUUCAACCAGGAACCGUUCCUCCGAUGGUCAACAUCUGUCCACCUUCGCCGCAAAAUAACGACGAAACCGCAACAAAGAUCGCGAACUUUAACUAUGGACGAGGAAAAUUAGACGCGAACAUAAGCCAAAAUAACCUGAAAGACAACCUUACGAAGGAUCUUGCUCUAACAGGCGGCACGGGGCGUCCUGCCACGCCUCAAGCCACCCGACCAGAUGAAGCUUCAACGCGGAGCAACAAUAUGGACAUGCCCAGACAGAACACCAACACUAGCCAGGAGCAAGGAGGAUUCGGUCAGCCCAAACCGAUGUUGCCGUACAGCUCCAUGUUCAUUUUUAGUCCAACAAAUCCCGUUCGUCGGUUUUGCCAUUUCGUUGUCAACCUUCGCUACUUUGACAUCUUCAUCAUGAUCGUGAUCAGUGCCAGCAGCAUUGCCCUGGCCGCCGAAGACCCUGUCAACGAGAACUCCUACCAUAACCUGAUCCUUAACUACUUCGACUACGUGUUCACUGGUGUCUUCACCAUAGAACUUAUUUUGAAGAUUGUCGACUUGGGCAUCAUCCUGCACCCAAAGGCAUAUUGCCGUGAUCCAUGGAACAUUCUCGACGCUACAGUAGUCAUUUGUGCUUUGGUGGCCUUCUUUUUUACCGACAACGCGGGUAAAAACCUUAAUACCAUAAAAUCCUUGCGAGUCCUACGUGUUCUCCGACCCCUUAAGACCAUCAACAGAGUUCCGAAAUUAAAGGCCGUAUUUGACUGUGUGGUGAACUCCCUCAAGAACGUGUCCAACAUUCUGGUCGUCUAUUCUCUCUUCAACUUCAUCUUUGCCGUCAUCGCUGUCCAGCUGUUUAAGGGCAAGUUCUUCUACUGCACCGAUGAGUCCAAAGAAACCAUGGAGGAAUGCAAAGGCCAGUAUUUCUCAUACCAAGACGGCAAUGAACCGACAGUGGAGCACCGGCAGUGGAAACGGCAGGACUUCCAUUAUGACAAUGUGGCGGCAGCUAUGUUAACUUUGUUCACUGUCACAACCGGCGAGGGGUGGCCAGCAGUCCUAAAACAUUCCAUGGACUCGACGCUCGUUGACACAGGGCCACAGCCCAAUUUCAGUAUGGAGAUGAGCAUUUUCUACGUCGUCUUCUUCAUCGUGUUUCCGUUCUUCUUCGUUAACAUCUUCGUCGCUUUGAUCAUCAUCACGUUUCAGGAACAGGGAGAAAGUGAUCUUGGCGAUCAGGACCUUGAUAAAAACCAAAAACAGUGCAUAGACUUUGCUGUGAACGCCAAGCCGCUAUGUCGCUUCAUGCCUAGCAACAUAGGCUCUUUUAAAUAUAGGGUUUGGAAACUAGUAGUCUCGCCAAAGUUUGAGUAUUUGGUGAUGACGUUAAUCGCCCUCAACACCAUCGUUUUGAUGAUGAAAUUCAGUAAUCAGCAAUCGUUUGAGGAAAACUUCCAAAGGCACGACUUCAAUGAAGGGCAUUCGCUUAACGCGCUACAGGCUUCGUUCUAUGAGAGAGUCCUUAUCUGUAUUAACAUAGUGUUCACAAUCCUCUUCACCAUUGAGUGCAUUCUUAAGUUUUUGGCCUUUGGACCGAAGAACUACUUCAAAGAUCCAUGGAACGUGUUUGAUUUCAUCACUGUUCUUGGGAGUAUACUGGAUGUGCUGAUAAGCGAGUUGGGCGACGAGGGCUUUGGUUUUAACGUCGGCAUGUUCCGUCUGUUCCGAGCAAUGCGGUUGGUAAAGCUACUGCGACAGGGAUACACGAUUCGUCUUCUUCUAUGGACAUUUCUGCAGUCUUUCAAGGCACUGCCCUACGUGUGCCUCUUGAUUUUGAUGCUCUUCUUCAUCGCUGCCGUCAUCGGCAUGCAGAUCUUCGGCAACAUCAAGCUUGACUCGACGACGGAAAUCAACAGGCACAACAACUUCAGGAACUUCUUCAUGGCUCUCAUGCUCUUGUUCAGGUGUGCUACCGGAGAGAACUGGCAGCGGAUCAUGUUGGCCUGCCUCGGAGGGCGGGAAUGUGACCCAGAGUCCGGCAUGACCGCGCCCGAGUGUGGGCUCGAUGUGGCCUACAUUUACUUCACUGCGUUCAUUUUCUUCUGCUCGUUUCUGAUGUUGAAUCUGUUUGUUGCUGUCAUCAUGGACAACUUCGACUAUCUCACGCGUGAUAGCUCCAUCCUGGGGCCGCACCAUCUGGACGAGUACAAUCGGGUGUGGGCGGAAUACGACCCCGGGGCCACGGGCCGAAUACAGUAUACAGAUAUGUAUGAAAUGUUAAAAAACAUGGAACCUCCGGUGGGAUUCGGACGGAAGUGUCCUAACAAACUUGCGUUCCGAAAGUUGAUACGCAUGAAUAUGCCCGUAGCAGAAGACGGCACAGUGCAUUUCACAACAACACUGUUUGCGUUAAUACGAGAGUCCCUUCAGAUAAAAGUUUCGAUAACGGAGCAGAUGGACCAGAAAGAUAUGGAGAUGCGAGAAGUCAUCAUGCGUCUCUGGCCCGUACAGGCGAAAAAACUGAUUGACCUCUUAGUCCCUCCCAGAGAAGAGUUAACCGAAGGAAAAAUGUCCGUUGGAAAAAUAUAUGUAGGACUGCUGAUAACCGAAAAUUGGAAAGCAUACAAACUGAGCCAACAGAACGGACAAACACAUAGAAUGCGUCCGCCGUCGUUCUUCAAGAAACUGAUGAACGUGGUCCGGGCGCCGUCGGCUCGGUCAAGUCAGAGCAUAGACACCGACCAUUCCGGGGACGAGGUCGACACUCACAGCCCCAACUUUGACAAACCUUCCGGAAAUGCUUUUAGUUUCCUGAGGCGGAACAGCAGCAAGCGUCGCAAACCCGGCGGCUUUUCCGGCGGAAACGUUAACCCGGAUAUGGGAAGCGUGCAGUCAUUGGACAAGCGCGAUUUCUCCCAGGGCCUUCGCCCAGAGCACGCAGGUCAGCCACUGCUGUUAACGCGGCCCCAGUCCGAGACGGGCUUCCUCUCCGGAUGCCGCACGCCGUCACUUCCGCCGACGCCGGUGAGUCCAAGAUCGCCGGCGCUGAUCAACCGGAGCCCGUACGAAUCGCCGACGACGUCACCGGGCUCCAUCCGGCGCUCUCCGUCGCCGAGGCGGGGAUUCCCGCCGGAUGUGGGCUUCGCGUCUGCAGUGACCAACAUCUGUGAACAGGCGCAAGAGAUCGUUGAUCAGAGCAGACGAAAACAUAAAGGUUUCCGCUGUGAAGACAGUACAAGCAUUCCGAAUUCCCCACAGCUGCGCAGUCGACCAAGGGUGAAGCGACCGCCCCUUAUGGCGCAGCCGCACGUGCUGGGGUCGCCGCUGCCAAGUCCACAGCCGCGCAUCCGCUCUGAAAUGUACCGCUCCACUUCGCUGGAGACCCGCUCCCGCUCCCCCUCUCCCAACCUGACACCGUCGUCCACGCCGAUGAACGAGUAUUACGGCGGCUCGAACCUGACGGAUCGGUCGCGCAGCCCGAGCCCCGUCAGCAGCCCCGUUCAAACGCCGCCUAAGCGGUCGACGCGCAAGCUACCAAAGGCACCGGUGCAGGCUACGAAGCCUUCUUCGCUGAAUCUUGCUCAACCAAAGCUCAAAGAGAACAUGCCGCGAGUAAUGCCUUCUCCAACCGUUCCCCAGCCUUCAAAGAGUCCGGGCAGUAUAAAUUUCCCGCGCUUGAACGCUUCUCCAACUCACAAACCAAAGCUAAACAUUGCUCCUGUGCCUCAAAAUAUUCCUCCGCCUGGAAAAUUAGGCCGCCCGGAGCCGUAUAGCCCCACAGAGCGAAAUAAUUUAAACAAGGUCAGUGACCCUCGAGACAUUCCGGGCCAAACGCGGUCGCUUCCUGGACAUUAUAGCAGACGACCAAAUGUGCCCCCUAGUGAUCAUGUUAACUCUUCUUCCAGACAGUCGCCUGAUUUAUGUAAAAUUCGGGUAGUUGAUAGAACUAGAAAUGCGUCAGUUAGGAACAUAGAUCAGUCCCCAAAUAGGCAACCCUCCAGUAGGAGUUAUGAUAGGAUUCCCGUAGGAGGGUCUCCGGUCGCUAGGGGGCGUGUCAGAAACCCACGUGACAAUGUGCCCGUGACAAGAGAUAGCCACGCCUCCCGCUCACCACGUGCAAAUCACGGGAACGGACCUAACGGCUACAACAAUAACAACAAUAACAGUAAAAAUGGUCGUCUGCCGAUGGAGAAAAUGGAACUAAGGGGAGAGCAUAACGAUCCUGUAAUAAAUCGCUCUGACGAUGAUGACGAUGAUUGGUGUUAACGGCAGUAGUAUCGAUGCGUAUGCUUGUGUUGUUGUUUUUUGACUUCAUAUUAAUUACGUUUUCUGUUUAAAUGUUUAAAGUACAGUGUUCACAUUUUCUACAGAAAAAUAGUGCGAACAACGCAAAUCUGUAUAAAAGGUCAAGGCCGGUGAGAGUUAAGUCAGCUUUCGAGGUCACUGAUGUAUCAAUUUUCAAAACCAAAAUGUUUAUAUAGCAUGAUAUCUCAAGGACCGUCAUCGUGCUUUGUUGUAUACAAAAACAUAGGUGAACUCAGCUUUGCGUCCUUUUGUUUAAUCGGGUCAGCAAGAUGUUCAUGUGCUUUGAAAUAGCUUAAAUUUACUUUGCUAUGCGUAUUCAGAGAUGAUUAUGACAAUACUUAAUCCUGUUACGUUCAUAGGUUCAACUAUUGUAUGAUGUAUUGCGCGCAGACAACUGUAUGCGAAUAGCGUUUUCUGACAAUUUCAUUUUCAAUGGCGUUAUAUAACUGUGAGUACUCUGUGAAAUUCAGCACCGUACUUUUGUAGAUCUAACUAUUACAGACAUUAAAUGUGAGACAAAUAGACGAACAAUUCACCAGUAAACAAGAAUUAAUCGCUAAUCCUAUAUUUGGUCUUUUUUUUAUGAAAGGUUGUUUCGCUGAUGACUUUAAAGUAAAUCGUCUGAAAUAUGAUGAAAUUCGAAAGCACAAUUUUUCUGCCUAAAUUCUUAUUUGACAAGAAGAAGCUGAUAAAAUUCGACGGAACAAAUUAAUAUUUAUCGUAGUUAUUUUAUCGAAUAAAGAUCUACGAAAAAGUUUUUAGAUGUGUCCGAAAAAAGGCCAUAAAUUACAAUUAUUGCAUGACAUCAUCUAUGAAAUUUGUUGAGAAAGUAUGCGUUUAAUUAAUGUGUAUGUAACAGUAAGCACAUGAAAUACGUCAGUUUUUAACCAAAAUCUGAUGUUUUUGUUUUCAAUUUUACAUUUUAAGUAGUAAAUAUAUUAUGAAUGUUUGCAAAAAUAGCUUGCAUUUGUAUUUAUAUGGACAUGUAUUAAGGUAUUUCUUACAAAUCGAGGCUGAAAAUGAUGUGACAUAUGAUGCACAUAUAUUGUGGUUAUGUUGUUAUUUUUACAGGAAAAAUGGGUCGUGGUCGAUCAAAACAUUCCCUUUGUGUUUCAUGUAUAUAAGCAUAACGUUUGCAGAUGUAUUGCAAAUAAUAUAUUGCUGUUAAUGUGAGUGUAUUUAAUCUAGUCAAACAUGUUUUUAAUUUCUUUGAUGUAUUUUUUUAACAUAUUCUUACACUUAACCCGUGUGUGCCUAGCGUCUAGAUGCGCAUGAUGCGGCGUCUCAUCAGGGUCUGCGCUGUUUGCUUAAAGGAAUUUCUGUAAGAAAUAUUCUAAAUAUAGAAAUAAAUAUACUAAACAUCCCUAAUUUUGGAAAUAAAUUUAUCCAAUUUAGAAGGAUGGCAGAGUCCACUAGGCAUAAAUGGGUUAAGACAUUUACACUUAAGACAUGUUUUUCACGUUGUGUAUGUCCGAUACGUUAGGUUUCUAUAUUACUUUUUGAACUAUAUUUUACACUUCUUUAUUUUAUAUGAAUAUAAUUUGUCAAAUAUAAGUGGUGUAUAGAAGAGAUAGUUUGUAAACAAUAAUAUGUGUCUUGUUCUGAUAAAACUGGGCAUAAUGCAUCUGCGUAAAGUGUCGUCCCAGAUUAGCCUGUGCAGUCCGCACAGGCUAAUCAGGAACGAAACUUUCCGCUGUUAUGACAUUGUUCGUUAUAAUGAAGUAUCUUGUUAGCAAAAAUCAAAUUUAGGCGGAAAGUGUCGUACCUGAUUAGCCUGUGCGGACUGCACAAGCUUAUCUGGGACGAUUAUUUACGCACAUGCAUUAAGUCCAGUUUUCUCAGAACGCGACUCAUAUUACAAAUGCUCAAUGUUGUCAAAUCAACACAGUUCUAUAUCUGUCUUUGCGUAUCAAUUUCAGUAUUUGUUCAGGCGCCUGACUUUCAUAUACUUGUGUAUUUAUGUUGACAGAAAUAGUUUCUAAUGGAUAGUAAAAGAACCACAAUAUAUUUUUUUAAACGCACUGAACUCGGUCAAUAAAUAGCAAUAAGGUGCUGAUAAAUCGGUUUGUCUUAAUACGCUCUAAAACGUUUUAUUCUUUUGACGUAAAUAAACAGAAAGUACCGGUACAUAACUUCAGUACCAAGCGUACUGUUAGUUUUUAUUCCAUUGGCACCAACGCUUCUCAAAUAAUAAUAAUACUUACGUGUAAUUUUUACCAGCCGAAUAGUUUUUAGUAACCAUUCCAUCUAGAACAGACGUAAUGCAAUCAUAGGGCGUGCGAUUUUAUGUAUUCCGUGUGUCUGAACGCGCAUGCGCGCGUGUUGGCAUAUUGCACCCGGUGUUCUGUUAAUAUUUUUUUGCAACUUUAUCUCAUUUUUGUAUUGCUGUUUAUAAUGUUCAAUCUAGAUAACCAAGUUACAAAUAGACUUUUAUAUAUGGAUGUUCUACGUCUUAUGUUUAGUACUUAUUAGAGAAUAAAUGAGUGUGUCAGUGAAUCUGGAGAAUAACUGAGUGUAUCAUUCAAAGCGGAGAAUAACUGAGUGUGUCAGUGAAAACGGAGAAUAACUGAGUGUGUGAAAGCGAAGAAUAACUUAGUGUGUCAUUGAAAGCGAAGAAUAACUGAAUGUGUCAGUGAAAGAUCUCAAAUUAUAUGACCAACCAUAUGGACGCCAGUACACUUUCAUUUAUAUUGAAUUUCCUUAACUGUCGUGAAAGUUUUGAAUAUGUUAUUCGAUUUAGCAAAGAUUGAUUAUUUUAAUACGUAUUUGUUUUUUGGCGUACAAAACAGUACUUUUCCAACAAAAGUUUGUCCAUUUUAAAUUACAGCUACAUUCAGGGAUCGCCAGUAUGUUUAAAAAACUGAAGGUUUGCAAUUCCUUGCAACAGAUUUUGGAAGAUUUGAACAUGUAAUAUUAAGAAUAUUAGAUCGUUGUGCGAUUACACUAAGUUAAAAUUUAAGGUGUGGUAAAGAUUCCGGACCAAAUGUUAGAUAAGACCUUGUUUGCCAAAGAAUUCUCAGAAGAAAAAAAAGUUAAUGCGUUGUAUAUUACCUAACUGUUUUAGCAUGUUCACAUAAAGAUGAAAUAAAUUCCAUGACAGCUAUUACUGAACUUUUUAAACUGUAAUGGUCGCAUUUUUUUCAAAAGUUUGUCAAGCUGCAUAGCUGCAAGUGUGUAAGUCUUGUGACAACAACUGAUAUAAACUAUUCCCAAAUUUCAUUUAGUGCAAGCCCUGACCAUUCAAAUGAAAAUGUGUUGAUAAUUAUUGGUUGCCAUAUACGUUACGGAAGACGUAACACCCUUGAACAAAACCAAUAAAACUUGCCCGUAUGUUGGUCGUUUAUUUCAAACUUGCAGGAGCAUUCAUUAGUGUUUGGUGUGUUUGGGUCCAUCCUUCCAUUAUUGUAUGUUCAAUAUUGCUUAUAUGCACAAAACACUUGAUAUAACAUUGGCCUCUGAAACAGUUUCUUAAAUAUCAUUAUUUUACAUAUUCUGAAAAUACCAAACGUCUUUCAAUGUCAUUAAACUAGAGUUACCUUACCUGGUUUGAGUCCUCUAAAUUUUAAAUUUCUUUGUGCACAUGUUUAUUUCAUUAAAAUAUCAAUAUCAUUAACCAGAAUAAUACAGUCUUUACAAAAGCAAUACGUUUUUAAUUAAUUUUUGUUUGAAGUUUGGGCUGAAAUAUGUAAUCCUGGAAUAAUUGUAUUAAAUUAACAGUUCAUUCGUGAGAGAAAAAAAGAAAACCGAAUGAGGUCAAUGGAAUGUCGGUGUGUUGUAGAAUAUGUUUAAUACACACUUUUAUCUGUGAUUUUGUGACAUUUCAGCUGUCAGAAUUUAUGUUUUGUAUUUAUUUCGAAUUUAUUCAAUAUUUAUAACUUUUGCUUCAAUGAUAAAUAAAA